UUGCCCGUUGGUUCCGGCCUGGUGCUAACGGCUGCCGUGCGCCAUCUUGGAGGAAGUUGUUUCCCGGGAGCCGGCGAUGUGUGACUCUCGGCUGGUGAGGCACUUUGUACCAGAAAAUUGUCAGUAAUGGUGGAUUCCAUGGGUCAAAAAUCCAACUGUACAUCAGCAGGACAGAGUGGCAAUGAAAGUAAUGUGGUUACCUCCUUGAAAGGAAAGAAAGCUGAAGAUGAUUUGAAAGGUGUAACUGAAGAAUGUCCAGCUGGAGUUUCUCUGCAGCUGUGGAAAAAAUUCCAAGAAUUGAAAGACCGAAGGAGUUCCAUAACUAACUCUGGUAUUAAAAAGAAGAGUAGACGGAAGCGAAAAGCUGAAGGUGCAGAAGACCUGACAGAAGUAGAAACAAAUUCUGAGAAAUCUUCCAUUAAAGUGAAGAAAUUCAAGCAAGAGCAGAAAAUAGAGAAUAAAAGUGAUGUGUUGAAUGCCCAAGAGUCACACUGGAGUGAACUAAAACAAUAUAUUGGAGCAAAUGAUAGAUUUGAGAUUCCUGCUUGUAGUGCACCUCCUUUAAAGACAAAUCUGGAGAAAAACCUUGACGAGGCCAUUGCUACAGGGGAUAUAGAAGAAGCAGAGAAGCUGAGUGACAGUCUAGCUGUUCGUGGGUUGGGUGUGAAAAUUGCCAAGGCCAUCAAAUGUCGUGAUUUUGCAAGAGUCAAACAAGAGACUGAAGCUUCUCAGCAGGCCCAAAAGAAGAAGCAACUUGCUUGGGGAUUUGAAGCAAAGAGGAGAUGGGAGACAAAAAGUAACAUGGGCUACAUGUGAUGUCAUGACACCAUAAGAAAAUGAAGUGGGCAUUGAAGUAUAUUAAAGCAGGUUCUCUGCCGAAUCACUUGACCUGUACUUGCACUCUAAAUCCAAUCUUGAGGAAGUCAUCUGGAAGCACUUUAUAAGAACACAACGGUGGCUGUGCCCUGCUGUUUUCGUAACUACGCAUUAACUAGUUGUGAAUGAUUUAGCCUUCAGUGUCUAAAAUUUGAACACAGUCAAGAAGAUUGGACGAAGAUUUUGAUGCAAGUGAAAGUUUUGAACAAGCCCUGGCAUACCUUUUGGUGGAACAAAUACACACAACAAAGUGGUCAUUUUUUUUCUAUCAUCCUACAAACUGAAACAGUGAGAUUGCUGUAUUUAUACCAGAAAGGCUGUAAAAUGAAGAUUUGCUGUCAUUUGGAAGCUCUGCCUUUGUAAGGUGAACUUUAUCUGUUCUUGCGCUGCCACGUCAUCAAAAUCCUGUCUGAAAAAUGAAAGGCAAAUAUACUCUGCUCAAACUUUCACCUUCUCAUGCCUCACCUCUCUAAGCUGUUUAAGUCACAUUCAGGUGACUCAAAGUGUCACUGUGCUGCAGUGUAACUGGCAGACAGACUGUGGAGGAUAUAUCUAUUAUUUAACUGUUCCAGCGUUAGCCAUCUGUUGAUAGAGUUCAUUAUUUCAGUACGAUCAAAAUUGAACGAAAUUCAUAAUCUCAGUCUUCUGUGGCAUCAUCAUUAUUUUGUUGAGCUGAUCUUAUUUUUGACAAUAUCCUAUCUGCUUGUAAAUUAGAAGCAAUAGAUUGGGUAUGUGCGUUGCUUCAUUUAAGUAUUUUACGAAAUCAAAUGUCUGAUAAAAUAAAUUGGUUAACAACUGAGAGAUUUUACUUGCCUAGAAUCUAGAUGUUUUCUGUUAAAAUUGAAACUAUUAAAUUCAUAUAAAUUUAUCGUUAAUCAAGGUGUGCGAUAUUGAUACAAAAUAAAAUGGAAUAUUUUUCACUUUUGGCAUUCGAUGUUGGCCAAAAAGAGAGCUCCUUCUAUUAUGUUACAGCAACAUUACCCAAUCCCCACUCUUACAACAGCAUAGCAACAAUCAGCAAUAAUUUCUGAAACAGUAAACCUUAAUCCCACUUUGUAAUUUAAGUCAAGAGUUUAUUACAGAUAGUGAAUGAAAUGCUACAAUGUCAGAGAUACCAUCUUUCAAAUGAGCUGUUAAAUGAAUUUGGUGUUCUGAUAAACAUAAACUAUCUCAUGAUACUGCCUAGGUAGGACAUAGAAUUCCACUUGUGUCCAGACAGUAUUUAUUCCUAAUAUCAUGAAAAACAGAUAAACGAGUGAUUUAUCUUGCUUUUUUGGGAUCUUGUUUGUUAUUUGGCUACUGCAUUUUCAAAAACUGAAGAAAUAAUAAAUUAGAUGUGAAUUGGUUUUGUGUGGAUGAAAGGUGCUGUAUAAAUGCAAACACUUUAUAAAUGUUCUGAUUGAC